AUGCCAGGCACCAAGGCUUGGGUCUGCAAGCAUAAAAGGAAAAAACUUUUAAAACCGUUAUCUGCUGCAUCAAGAGUAAGACAGUUAAGGCAUUUGAAAAACAUGGGCUACAAAACCAGUCCGUCACGCUGGAAUUGCCGCCAAAAUUACCGGCAAAACCGCAAAAGCACCCACCCAUCCUGCACUCGGCACGUGUUCUCAAACCACGUCACCAUCUCAUGA